AUGGAGUUUACCUUAAAGCAUCAUCUGGCUUUAGCUACAGGGCUCUCUGUUAUUUCCUUUUCAUUAUUAUUUAUUGGUGUUCCAAUGAUAUUAAAUGAUAUUUCUAAUUUUGAAAAUCAUAUAACUCACUCAAGAGAAUCAUAUAUUUCUCUUUCCAAUGAAAUGUGGGAUGAAUUAAUCUCACAAAAUGUUAUUAUUAGAAAAGCAAGAGCUUCUGCAGCAAUUAAAAGACAAGCAUAUGGAUCUGCUGAUGUUGAAGAUGUUCAAUCAAAGAAAAAAGGUAAUGAAUGCCCAGCAGGACCACCAGGACCAAAAGGACCUCCAGGAGAAAGAGGAGAGGAUGGAUCUCCAGGUGCUGAUGGUAUUAAUGGUGUAAGUGGUAGUCAAAAUGGAGCCAUUGAGGUUGAUAGUGCAAACCCAUAUGAAUCUGAUUCAGGAGUUCAAUCAUGUGCCAGCUGUCCACCAGGACCACCAGGAUUACCAGGAUACAAAGGAAAGAGAGGUCCAAGAGGAUUGAAAGGUGAAAAGGGUGCACCAGGAGUACCAGGAAGAGAUGGAGAGAUUGGAGAUCCAGGUCCAGAUGGUGAACCAGGUCUUCCAGGAAAUCCAGGAGAACAAGGACCAGUUGGAGAACCAGGAAGUGAUGCUCAAGGAUAUGCUAAAGGAUCACCAGGACCAAAAGGACCACCAGGAGCAGCUGGUGAAAUUGGAGAAGAAGGAAUGCAAGGAGAUCGAGGUGAUGAUGGUUUACCAGGAGCUAUUGGAAGUCCUGGUGAAGCAGGACCUCCAGGAAAUCCUGGUAAAGAUGGUAUGCCAGGACUUAAAGGACCAAUGGGUACCAAUGGAAUUGAUGCUGAAUAUUGUCCAUGUCCUGAUCGUUCUAAAGGUAGUUCAAAACAAAAUUCAGGUAUUGAAGGUGGUUACACUUCACCAGAAAAUAUUUCACCACCAGCUUCAACACCUUAUAAAAAUCAAUAA